CCUUCUCUCUUGAAACCCUCGGCCGGCGCGUGCCCGAUGCCGGUGGGCGACUCUCUCGGCGAAAUCUUUGGGUGAGAUUGGGGAUUCUGAUCCACUCAGCUAAGAAUAAUUCUUAGAUUCUUUCGAGGCGAUUUUGAGGUUCUUCUGUGCUUGUUUGGGCCCUUGUAUCGGAGCAAGCAAUGGAGAAGCUCCGGAUUCACCGAAGCAGGUCAGUCGAGUGGAAGCCUUCGGCGGUGGUGGCCCUUGCCACCAGUGCAGACGGAUCACGGGUUGCAGCGGCACGGGAGGACGGGUCCUUGGAGAUUUGGCUCGUCUCCCCUGGCUCCAUUGGAUGGCAUUGCCAGCUCACGAUGCAAGGAGAUCCUAGUUCGAGAGUGUCUUCGCUGUUGUGGUGCCGUCCAAGCCCGAGGAAUGCAGGCCUUGGACGUUUGCUGUCUUCUAGCAUAGACGGUUCUAUAUAUGAGUGGGAUCUCUACUCCUUAAAUAAAAAGGUUGUGUUAGAUUCAGUUGGAGUGUCUAUCUGGCAGAUGGCUUUAGAACCUUCUGAUGAUUCAAUGCAUACAGAUAAAACCAACAAUGAGCCUGUUUCAAAUGGCCACUCAAAUCAUCACGUUCAAAGUGAUUCUGAAUCUAGUUUUAGUGAUAAUGAAGGCAACAGUGAUAGUGAUGGUGAAUUCCAUGCAAUGACCACUCUGACUGCUAGUCAACGUUUAGCUGUUGCUUGUGACGAUGGUUGCAUACGCAUGUAUCAUGUCUUUGAUAAGGAUGAAUUGACUUAUAAUAGAUCUUUUCCAAGAGUUAGCGGACGCAUUUUAAGUCUUGCAUGGAGCCAUGAUGCAAGGUUGAUAUUUUCAGGAAGCAGUGAUGGUUUAAUAAGAUGUUGGUCUGUUGCAUCUUUCCAAGAAAAUUAUCGCAUUACAGUUGGUCUUGGAGGAUUGGGCAGUGGACAUGAACUUUGUAUAUGGUCCUUGAUCUUCUUAAGAUGUGGCACACUGGUCAGUGGAGAUAGUAGUGGAAGUGUUCAGUUUUGGGACAGUCAACAUGGGACACUUCUACAAGCCCACACUUAUCACAAGGGUGAUGCGAAAGCUUUAACAGCCAGUCAAGACGAUGUGUUUUCUGCUGGUUCAGAUGGACAGGUUGUUUUGUAUAAGCUUUCUAAGCUCACUGGAGAACAAAUGGUGAAAUGGAUCUAUGUUGGAUAUGUAAGAGCUCACACUCAUGAUGUAACAGCCUUAGCAAUGGCAAAGCCAAUUAGAAGAGAAGAUCUAUUCCAUGAUAAAAAGACACGCAAGAUUCGCCGUCAGGAAAAACCCAUAAAUUUUAGUUAUCACAAAUGGGCACGUUCAGGAGUUCCCAUGCUCAUUUCUGGUGGUGAUGAUGCUAAGUUAUUCGCAUACUCUGCAAAGGAGUUCACCCAAUUUUCACCUCAUGAUAUGUGCCCUGCACCCCAACGUCCAUUACUCAAGUUGGCAAGUACUACAAUAAACUGUGGGGUGCCAGUGAUGCUUUUUCAAUCCUCUGACUAUUUGGAUGUCUUGGAUGUGAAGAUAGAUGGUAAAUUGGUGGUUACACAACUUCUUGCUCGGGUCAAAAGCAAAGGUUCUAGAAAAAUAAUUUGUAGUGCUAUAUCUGGUUCGGGAAUGCUCUUUGCAUACUCCAAUCAAGUGAAGCCCUUCUUAUUUGAACUAAAGAAGCCUAAAGCUCAGAAAACUAAGUGGAUGAUUGAAAAAAUACAACUUCCAAAUAAACUGCCUUAUGCACAUUCUUUGCUCCUUAGUGCAGAUUCCUCGUGUUUGAUGCUAGCCGGUCAUGAUAGAAAAAUAUAUAUUGUGGACAUAAAAAAAUCUGAGAUAGUGCAGACUUUUGUUCCUCAGAGGAAGUUAGAUCGUAUGAAUGUUGUAGCUAACGAGCCUCCUAUAACACAAAUGUUUACCAGUGUGGAUGGACAGUGGUUAGCUGCUAUUAAUUCCUUCGGUGACAUUUAUAUAUUCGAUUUGGAGAUAAAAAGACAACAUUGGUUCGUGUCCAGGUUGAAUGAUGCUUCUGUCACUGCUGGUGGCUUUCCUCCUAAGAACAGCAACACUUUUGUUGUCACGACAGCUUCUAAUGAAAUCUUUGAGUUGGAUUUGAAAGCCAAAAAUCUGGGGGAAUGGUCAAAGCACCAUAGUGCCCAUCUUCCUCGUGCAUUUCAAGAAUUUCCAGGGGAAAUUAUUGGUCUAUCCUUUCUACCUUUCUCCUCAUCAACUUCAGCCAUCGUGUACAGUGCAAGGGCAAUGUGCCUGAUUAACUUUGCGAUACCAGCUGAUCAAGAUAUGGAAUUCCAGAAUGGGUCUGAUCAACCACUAGUGAAUCACGAUUGUAAAAACUCCAACGGGGCAAUGCAAAAGCGGAAAUUUCAGGAUCAUGAAUCCAGAACCAACGGAAAUGACUUUGACCUUUUUGUAUUCAAAGAUCCCACCCUAUUUGUUAGUCACUUCUCAGAAAAUUCCAUUUUGAUAGUAGAGAAACAGUGGAAGGAAGUUGUCAGAAACUUUGAAGCUCCAGUUCAUAGACAUAUUUUUGGAACUUAAACGUAAUACAUUUGUCGAAGAAUGUUGCAGAAGCGAAUUAGACUUGCAAUGACCGAGACUUGUUCAAAAGCUAAGCCAGGCCAGGCCAGACUUCCAUAGAGAAUGUAACAUGAAAAGUUCGAUGAAAUGGUUAAUGAUUGGAUUUUCCUAGAAUGAGGGUACUAAGGAAUUGGUUUUUAGUUUUAUGUGGAAUCAUCAAGCUAAUUAGGUCAACUAACUAGUUAGCUGGUGCUCAAAAGAGAAAUGUUUGUUCUAUGACAAUAAACUUACAAUAUUGAACUGUACCUUUUCAAGAUUGAUUACUAUCAACAUUAUCAGUAUUUUUAUCUUUUAA